AUGGCUAGAGAGAAGCGAACAAAGCCUUGCAGUAACUGUAAGCGGUCUAAAGUGAAAUGUGAAUAUAAGGAUUCGCUUCCGUGUACUCGCUGUAUCAAAAAUGGCCUCGCCAGCACAUGUCAGAUUGUUCCAAAACUACCGUCGCUAACACUACCGCAAGUCGGUCCUCAAAGUCUACCAGACUUUCAUAUGGUUCCUCAAGUUCCACAUCUACCGCAUCAUGCAAAGCCGUUUACUCAUCCGCCACCGCCUCCCUUGCCAGGAACCAUGGGAUAUCAACCGUCACCGAGCCAACUGAACCCACCUAUACCCACACACCAUCAUCAUACACCACCAGUCUCUUCCUUGUCGCCUAGAUUAAAAAAGCAAGAGGAUCCCGAGCUGCAAUGGAAGUCACACAUGGAGAAUAAACUCAACUCAUUUGAGUCAAAGUUUGACAACUUGGUGGAAGCGCUUCGAGGGAACCAACGCUACAACAAGGGCGAAAUCGAAGCAAACCAGAGGUACUUUGCCAUUAAGGAUUCAUCAUCAGGGGCACAGUCACCUUAUGGAAAUAGCAUAGAGUCUACUCCGGAUUCGUCUGAAUCAGAGCGCAGUUAUAAGCGUCUGUCACAACAGGAUUACUUCUUGAACAAAAGAAGGAAGACAGUGGACGAUGACUUUCGUGAUUCUGUGUUGUCUUUGCAAGAGGCAAAAAUGCUUUUCAAGUUCUUUGACACCAACAUCUCGCAACAAUUAUUUGGUUUCGAAAUUGACAAAUUCCAGGUCCAUCAAAUCUGGGAGAAUUCUCCCCUACUCAUUUGCGCCGUCUGUACGAUUGCUGCAAUGCAUUAUCCAGAUCCAUCCAUCUCAUCUAAACAGGCUGCUUUGCAGCACCAUUUGCAUAAACUUUGUUCCGGACUUUUGUUUCAGCCGAAACCCAAAUCAGACGCCGAAAGUUUUAAUAUAAUUUUGGCUCUCAUACUUUGCAGCUUCUGGCUCGCGGACUCUCAGAGAUUCACGGGUUUGGCCUUGCAGCUAGCUAAAGAGUUUGGUCUCAAUAAACCCGUGUCGAAAAGCGAAGACCUGGCAUCGCUCAGCUCCAAAGAUCGCCUCAAACUUUGGUACUUGCUCUACGUUUUGGAUGGCCAGCAGUCCAUGUCACUCAACAGACAAUCGCUUUUUGAUUCUGUUGAUUAUUCAAUUACUAACAGUCGUGAUCUACUCCUAAACAAGAAAACGCUCGAAAUCAAAGAUGGGCCAGAGGAAGAAGACAAAGCGAAAGACGACGCUGUUGUUCAUGCAAAUUCCCCUGGCGAAGUCAAGACGAAUGCAAAGGAAACUAAUGCCUCAUACUUUACUGACUUACGGUUGGUUUCGCAGGUGGAAUAUAACCUGGCAAUAAGAGAAGCCUUCAAGGGUAAUGCUUGGGACCUAAUUGCCCCUAGCACGUUCGGUAUACCAUCCAAGUCGAACUUGGAGCUUGAUAAAUGGAUGGUAUCGUGGACGGUUCUUCUUGCACCAGUUAACAAUGGAGCUGUUUGGCUGUCAAAAUCUACACUCAUUUACUAUAAUUUUGCUAAGAUGCACAUCAAUUGCUCGGCUUUGAGAGAAUUACAGGUCGAAACAGGAGCUGAAAGCGUGAUAUUCCCCAAAUGGGAAAGAUACCAUCAAUUAAGUCAACGAGCGGAGCCUGUUGCACAUCAACAAAAGCAGUCGGAGCCCUUGGAUUCGGAAGAUAGUGAUGAUGACGAGGAAGAUGAUCUCAUAAGCAACAAAGAGCUCAUUACUCACGACCAGACUCUUCUUAGUCUCAACAUAGCUAUGAAUGCUGCGCAGACUGUGUUGAACCUAGUUCUCAGUGACAAAGAUAUUCUCAACAAUUUGAGGUAUGUCCCCUUGCAUAUCCACAUCAUGCUUUACUAUGCCGCCCUAUUGCUUGUCAACCCUCCUCCGACUGAUGGCAGAAAGAUUGAGGAUACAAAGCAGGACACAUACUUUUUCAAGAUCAUUGAAAGUUUGAGAACUGCUAAGUUACUCCAAAAGAAAAUCUACGUUAAUUUACCAACAGAUAAAUCUUUCGGAAAUCGGUUCAUCGAGAGUCUUGACGACGUUGUCAUUGACAGGACUCGUAGGCUCAAGGUUGAACUUGAGGAGUCAAGUCUUGGCGCAGAUCAGAAACGUGAGAUCUUCGAACAAAUAUCUACCUUGCAUUUUCUUGACGAACGGUUGGAAGUUUUGCCGGGCUCAAGGGGAAGCAGUAAGGAAUCGUCUCCUAGAGCAGCAGGUAUCGCAGCAUGGCCAGGGUCGCAUCAUGGCCAUCCCUAA